AUGUCAGUGACGGGUGAUAACGCGGAGAGGAGCGGCCCGGACAAUGGACCAGGGACGGUGUCUGUGCCAGUGACCAGCAGCGCAGGGCUACCGAACCAACCGUUUGACACUCGAUUGGUGCCUGAAUAUGACGGCACGACUGACGUGGUGGAGUGGUGGGAGCGUGCGAGGCUCCUCUGUGAACUGCGUGGUGUCUCGCUCAUGUCUGUGGUACCGCUGCGGCUGGCAGGCGGGGCAUUCACCGUAUGGUCACAGAUGCCGGCAGCCAGCCGCGGCUCGCUGGUGGAAGUGCAAGAGACGCUGUAUGCGGCGUUCGCCAUGGACAGCUUCGCUGCGUAUGACGCCUUCUGCUGCCGACGCCUGCGGACCGGCGAAUCACCGGAUGUGUUCCUCUCUGAUCUACGGCGGCUAGCGGUGCUUUUCGGGGCGUCAGCAGCCGGGAAACAGCGCGGGAGAGGCCGCAUCAGCGCCGGCGUCCUCUCCAGGGCGGCAGUAGCAGAGGUUCUGCCGAUGGCGCAGCUGCGAGUGGCAGGCAGGGAAUGCAGGGCGAUAGUGGACAGCGGCUGUACGGAGAACCUGGUGUUCGCACCGUACUGCAGCGACUGGCGGAAGGAGCGAGUCCGGGUAACAUCGAUGAGUGGGGAUCCUUUCUACUGUGACGGAGUUGGAAAGGUGGCUGUGGAAACGGCCUCGGGUCAGGCCGCGGUGGUCGACGUACUGGUGAUGAGAGAGAAGCCGCUUGGCGCGGAGAUGGUGAUUGGUGUCAGUGGAAUAUCAGCACUAGGUGGUGUGCUGAUUGGGUCGCAGCGAGAGGUGAGGUUUUGUGGUGCGGUGAGUCGGCUGUGUGACCAGCUGACUGUGGAGGCGUCGGAUUUCGGGGCUCAGUUCGAUCCUGUGGCUCGAGCGUGGACUGUAGCCUGGAAAUGGCGUGACGGUGCGGCACCAGAGUGCCUCGGCAACGGCGUAGCGGAGUAUUCCGUACCGGAGGACGCUAAGGAAGAGUUCGACGCUGAACUUCAGUCCUGGAUUGAAAACGAAUGGUUGGUGCCGUAUGAUGAGGAUUUGUACGGACCACCGCGAGGACUGAUCCCGCUCAUGGCUGUUCAGCAGAAAAACAAGACCAAAGUGCGACCCGUCUUGGAUUAUCGAGAGCUCAACAGUCAUGUGGUGCCCCACACCGCCGAUGCGGACGUGUGUGCCGCCACCCUCAGGAAAUGGCGGCGGCACGGCACCAAUGUCGCUAUCGUCGACCUGAAGAGAGCAUAUCUUCAGCUGAGGACGGAGCAGAGCCUGUGGCCGUUCCAGACUGUGAUGGUGAACGGUCAGCGGUAUGCACUCUCUAGGGUCGGAUUUGGUUUGAAUGUGGCCCCACUUAUCAUGAAGGCUGUAGUGCGCGCCGUGCUACAGCAGGACCCGGCGAUGGAGAGUGCGGUGCUGCCGUACAUGGACGACUUGUGUGUGAAUGAGGACAUCGUCAGCGCUGAACGUGUGGUGGCCCACUUCGCUCAGUACGGGCUAGAGUGCAAGCCGCCGGAGCGAGCGGCUGCCGGUGCACGCCUGCUUGGUUUGCACGUGCGGGCGGUGGGUGGAGUGCUGCGCUGGGCGCGUGACAACGUCGUAGGGCCACCACCUGUCACGCUGACGCGGCGGAGCGUCUUCGCCUGGUGUGGUCGCCUGGUGGCACACCUGCCCGUGUGCGGCUGGCUUCGGCCCGCCGCCGCCUGGUUAAAGCGGCGGGCUAACGCGGUGACGAACAGUUGGGACCAGCCAACAGACGAUGCCACCCUGCGUCAGCAGGUUGACUAUGUGGCCAGUAGGCUGGCCCGCGACGACCCGGCUCACGGACGGUGGCAUGUUGAAGGCGAUCACGCGGUGGUGUGGACGGAUGCCAGCUCGAUAGCGGCCGGAGUGGUGCUGGAGACGCCGACUGGAGACCCAAUCGAGGACGGCUGCUGGCUCCGACGUGACGAGACAGCACACAUCAACAUGGCGGAGCUGGACGCCGCCGUGCGGGGCAUCAAUCUCGCCAUCGCCUGGGAAAUGCGUCGACUGGACCUCCGGACUGACUCUGCUACCGUGCACAGAUGGAUAAGCGACGCUCUGAGCGGGCGCUCCCGUCUGAAGACCAAGGCCCACGGUGAGAUGAUCAUCAGGCGGCGCAUCGACAUGGUGAAGCAGCUGGUGGACGAGUUCGGCAUCGACCUGUCAGUGACCCUGGUGCCGACCGCCCACAACAGAGCGGACUGCCUGACGCGGGUGCCGGUCGAGUGGGUACGCGGAGACGACCCGAGUGUAGGCGAGCCCGCAGUCGCCGCUGCGGUGGUCGGGCCAGUGACUGAUGCGGGAGAAGAUGACGCUCACGGGGCUGAUGCGGGUGUUGUGGAGGACACUGUCGGCACGCGCGAGUCGUCGGCCAUCAGCGAGGUUCAUGCCAAAGCUGGACACCCCGGUAUUCGGCGAACUCUGUACUUUGCCCGUCGUGACAUAUCGCCGAGUAUCACGCGGAGCCAGGUGCAAAAGGUGGUGUCAGACUGUGACGUGUGUCGGUCAGUGGACCCGGCACCCGUCAAGUGGCGUGGCGGGGAACUGGGGGUGAAGGAAACCUGGACCAGACUCGCCAUAGACAUUACGCACUACCGAAACCGGUCGUACUUGUCAAUCAUUGACUGCGGUCCGUCGCGGUUUUGUGUGUGGCGCCCACUGCGCCGAACGGACUCGGCCAGUGUGACGGAGCAGCUGGAGGAGAUAUUUUGUGAGCGCGGUGCCCCAGUCGAACUUCUGGCAGACAAUGACACCGCGUUCCGCAGCAGAGAGUUCUCUGUGUUCGCGGCAGGAUGGGGCGUACAGCUCCGAUUCAGGGCCGUUCACCGACCGAGUGGAAACUCUAUCGUGGAGCGAAACCACCGUUCGGUGAAGGUCAUCGCUGCUCCUGUGGCUGUCGGCCGGCGCCGGCAACUAGAGCUGACCGACGGCUCGAGUUCAGGGCCGCUGGCCGGGGCGCACGGCGCCGGCGAGCCGGGGGCCAGUCGGCCGGAGUGGGAGGCGUGUGGCGGCUCGGUCCCCGCUUGA